AUGUCUGCUAAGCUUCUAGUGAUUUUCUUCUUAUUGUCAGUAUUUCGAGCUUGUUCUAGGAAAAUUGAAGAUGAUGAAUAUGAAGAUUUAACAGUAAACCAAAAAUGGGUACUGGCACCAAAAACACAAGACACUGAUGCCACACUAAUACUCAACAAGUUGCUGAAGGAAUAUGAUAAAAAACUGAGACCAGACAUUGGAAUUAAACCAACAGUUAUCGAUGUGGACAUUUAUGUCAAUAGCAUUGGGCCAGUGUCUUCGAUAAACAUGGAAUACCAAAUAGACAUAUUUUUUGCUCAAACUUGGACUGACAGUCGCCUCAGGUUCAAUAGUACUAUGAAAAUAUUGACACUCAACAGCAAUAUGGUUGGAUUAAUCUGGAUUCCCGACACAAUUUUCAGGAAUUCAAAAACAGCAGAAGCACAUUGGAUUACAACUCCCAAUCAACUUCUUCGAAUAUGGAACGAUGGGAAAAUUUUAUAUACAUUAAGGCUCACAAUCAAUGCAGAAUGCCAAUUACAGCUGCACAACUUUCCAAUGGAUGAGCACUCAUGUCCACUCAUAUUCUCCAGCUAUGGUUACCCAAAGGAGGAAAUGAUUUACAGAUGGAGAAAACAUUCAGUGGAUGCUUCAAAUCAGAAAUCGUGGCGACUUUAUCAAUUUGACUUUAUGGGCCUCAGGAACACCAGUAGUGUUAUUCAAACAACUGCAGGUGACUAUAUUGUCAUGACCGUAUACUUUGAUUUAAGCAGAAGAAUGGGAUACUUUACAAUUCAGACAUACAUUCCUUGCAUUUUAACAGUUGUUUUAUCAUGGGUAUCAUUUUGGAUAAAAAAAGAUUCUGCACCAGCAAGAACAGCUUUAGGCAUCACCACUGUAUUAACAAUGACAACAUUAAGUACGAUUGCAAGAAAAUCACUACCGCGGGUUUCAUAUGUCACAGCCAUGGACCUCUUUGUUACUGUGUGUUUCCUAUUUGUGUUUGCUGCUUUAAUGGAAUAUGCGGCACUUAAUUACUAUUCAAGUUGCAAAACACCUAGAUGUACAAAGAAGAAAAAAUCGGUAAGUUAUCAAAAUAGAUCUGUCUACAUGCACACUCCUGAGCGUAUAAACAUUCCUGCUCCUUCUAAUUAUUCCGUUCUGGACAUGAGACCUCCUUCAACUGUCAUCACUUUGAACAAUUCCAUGUACUGGCAGGAGUUUGAAGAAUCAUGUGUUUAUGAGUGUCUGGAUGGUAAAGACUGCCAGAGCUUCUUUUGUUGCUAUGAUGAAUGUAAAUCAGGGUCAUGGAGGAGAGGUCGGAUUCAUAUAGACCUUUUAGAACUGGAUUCAUAUUCCAGAGUCUUUUUCCCAACAUCGUUCUUGUUAUUUAAUCUUGUCUACUGGGUUGGAUAUCUAUACCUUUAA